AUCUUACCUUAAUAUUGCAUUUAUUUACGCUUCGUGUUUGUUUUGAGGUGUGCGUAUUUUCUUUAUUUUCAAUUGAAUUUUUUCGAGCAUUUUAUUGCAUUUAGUAAAAUGACUCGGCAUGCACGAAACUGUACGGCUGGUGCUGUUUAUACAUACCAUGAAAAGAAGCGAGAUGCAGCUGAAUCUGGAUACGGGACGAACCAUCAAAGAAUUUCAAAAGACUCCGUCAAAAGUUUCGAUUGUUGUUCUCUAACUCUUGCACCUUGUCGCAAUCCAGUAAUCACUAAAGAUGGAUAUUUGUUCGAUAAAGAGGCUAUUUUGCAAUACAUAAUUACCAAGAAGACUGAUUACGCCAAGAAAUUGAAGGCAUACGAACGCCAAAAACAAGCGGAAAGAAGUGAAGAAGCUGAAGCGAAUGCAUUGGAAGAACAAAAGAAACUCAUGAAAUUCAUCGACACAGAAAAAAAUAUUGUCACUUCGAAAUAUGCUACUCCAAGUACCAGCGCAGGCACAUCGAGCAUUUCCAAUAUGGCAAACGGUAGACAGAACGAUCUGCCAAGUUUUUGGGUACCAUCACAAUGUCCAUCGGCCAAAAAGACAAAAGUGGAAAAACCUGAUUCGACUAUAUACUGUCCAGUUUCAUUCCAGCCGAUCAAAGCAAAGGAUUUGAUCGAUGUGAAAUUUACUUUGGUACAAGAUCCAGAUGACAAAAAAUCGUUGAUUGUUAAGGAAAAUCGCUAUAUGUGCGCUGUUACACAUGAUAUUUUGAGCAAUUCCGUUCCAUGUGCCGUGUUGCGCCCAACAGGUGAUGUGGUGACAAUGGAAUGCGUGGAAAAGCUAAUCAAAAAGGAUAUGCUCCAUCCGCUGACAAAUACAAAGCUAAAGGAAAAGGACAUUAUACCAUUACAACGAGGAGGCACUGGAUACUCGCAAACUAACGCAGAUUUAGAAGGAAAAGAGAAACGACCUGCUCUCAUGUCAUAAAGUACUUUUGAACAUUAUUCAAUCGUCAAUUUAAACAAACAUUCAAGUAUAAAUUUUCUCCCAUGUCAAAAUCUGCUGACGAUUCAAUUUGUAUUAAUUAAAUCAAUUUUAAUUCAAAUCGAAAAUCCAA